GUCGUGGUUCCUGCGGCGGCACCAGCAGCCGUCCAAGAAAAUACGCGGGAGCUCCUCCGACAGCUACAAGAACAGCAAUUGGCGUUGCAGAAGCAGGUAGAUCAAUUGGCGCGGGAGAAAGCGCGGCAACGCUCACGUCCGCUUCUUCCCGAAAAAGCCGAGGAUCCCACGCACAGCUUGCAGCCGAUGGUUGCGGAGGGGCCGCAGGCCAUGAAGAAUGCAGAGCCUAAGCCAGAGCCUUCGUCGUCAGAUCCGGCUUCCCGUCCAGCACGGGGCACACCCUUGCAG